GCGGAGCUGCUUCCGGGUGCGUAGUCAUGGUGACUGUGGUUGCCAGGGCGAACCCUAGAAGAAAAGUGAUGGAUCUCACCUCUGUGAUCAUUCUUCCACUGCUUUUUGGGAGCCUGGGGGUUUUUGGGCUCUUCCGGCUGCUUCAGAGAAUGCGUGUGAGAGUCUACCUGAAGGAUGCAGUGGUGGUGAUCACAGGAGCAACUUCUGGACUAGGGAAAGAAUGUGCCAAAGCUUUCCAUGCUGCUGGAUCAGAACUGGUGCUGUGUGGUAGGAGCAGAGAGAGACUUCAAGACCUUCUGCAGGAGCUCUCCACUGCUGCUGGCCACCCAAAGAACCCCCAUAAACACCACACUGUGGUCUUUGACCUCGCUGACAUCAAAGCAGUCAUUAACGCUGCUGCGGAGAUUUUGAAGUGUGCAGGCCAUGUGGACAUCUUGAUUAACAAUGCUGGAAUCAGUUACCGCGGCACAGUUGUGGACACCCUGGUGGAAGUGGACAGGAAAGUGAUGGAAACCAAUUACUUUGGCCCAAUUGCUUUGACAAAAGCAAUUCUGCCUUCCAUGAUCAAGAGGAGAAAAGGCCACAUCGUCGCCAUCAGCAGCGUUCAAGGCAAAAUUGGCAUUCCUUACCGCUCGGCUUAUGCUGCCUCUAAGCAUGCCACCCAAGCCUUCUUUGACUGCCUACGAGCAGAAGUGGAGCAGUAUGAUGUCGACGUCACAGUUGUGAGCCCCGGUUACAUUCAGACAAAUCUCUCACUUAAUGCUGUAACGGCAGAUGGAUCCCAGUAUGGAGCAAUGGACAAGGCAACUUCUGAAGGCAAGACAGCUGCAGAGGUGGCUCAGGUGGUUCUGAGUGCUGUUGGGGAAAAGAAGAAGGAAGUGCUGGUUGCUGGCUUCACGCCUUCUCUGGCUGUGUACCUGCGAACACUCUGUCCCAGGCUCUUCUUCUUCUUUAUGGCAUCUAGAGCCCGGAAAGAAAGGAAAGCCAAGGAUUCUUAACCAAUUGGAGUUCAUUUUAAGCCACUGGUUUCAAACCAGAAGGUACCAGCUGAUGUGUCCAGGGUCUGUGGGAAGCAUGAACUUCAGGAUUGUUUAAGUUGCAUCUCUCGCUUGUGGUGAAGGGUCGGAUCCAGGCUUGUGCUGCUUGCACAUCGCUGAUGGCAUCCGAAAAGCUGCUUUCACCACUUACAGCUUUGUCGGCUCCCUGGGACAAGGGCUUCAUCUGCAAGGAGUUAGGCCACGGGAAAAUUCUCCUGCAUGUUGAAAUGAGCAGGAACUGCACACUUCCACAGCUCCCAUUCGUCUUAUUUGGGCUUGUCCACAAGACAACAGGCUACUGGCAGCUUACUAUGUUUACUUUCCUCUGGCCUAGGCUCUCAUCAGCUGAAUGUAAAAUACUUAUUUGGGGGGGGGGGACGAAAGACUACCAUUGCCUCCAAUAUCAUUCUCUUAAAAAACCUAAGUGGUUGCAGGCUGCUUCUUUUUGCCAGGGUGGGGAGAAGGGAUGCAGACAGCUGAAAUUAAAUAAGCUUGUGCUGCACAUGCAUUGCCAAACUGCACUUACUGGCUUUUUGCCAGGACUCAAAAGCCACCACCUCCACUAUCCUUAUUCCUAGUAGCCUAGCUUGAUAUAUUCACCUGUUAAGCUCAGAGUAGGUCCUGGGUAGGAACUGCAGAUAACCACUAGCACAUUCAAGUAUCAGAAAGCUGUUGUCCUCUCUCGCGCACCCCAGUUAUAUAGGGUGGGGGUGGGGAUGCUGCAGCUUACCUUCAUUAGGCAGAUUUGAGUUGCUAACUGCUAUUAAAAUAGCAGACAUGAAAGAGGAACUACAUAUACUGUUUGCUCUGCAGCUCAUCUGAAUGUAGUAUCUAGUGCGCAAAGAACAACAUCCUUGUCUGAUAAUAGUACCAGCCUCCAUCCCCAUUCAUUCUUACUGAUUCUCUAAUGCCAAAUUCUAAACCCUGGUUCCUGAAAGCAGAAUUGCUCAUAGACAGAUGCAGUUUCCAUGCUUCUGAUAAGGCAGGUCACACAAAGAUCCAAUCCUUGCAGCAAUCACACAACUCCGUAGAACAAGAUGGUUCUCAGAAUUCUUAACCUUGAGAGUAAAUAAAUGAACAUUGGUGAUUGCUUAUACUGUACCAACAUAAGCUAAAAUACUUUACAUAAUUGUGCUUUUACUCACCCUUCUGGUUUAUAAUUUGAGGGAAUUACUGCAUUAGUUACUUGCAGAAUGCCUGUUAUAAUCCUGCUCUCCACCAAGCAAAUACAGCUAAAGGAAUCUGCUUGGCUCACUCAACAGAUCCUGUGACCAGAAGGCUGCAGGAUUUCAACCCUUGGCCAAACUGACCUACUGAACAGAAGCAACAGCAAACUCUCUGCUUGCUGUACUGGAUUCCAAGGGCUAAAGAUAGCACUGAGUUCUGGCUUUGCCCUUGUGGGAUGCCAUUCCAAGGUCACUCUACAUUGCACAAAGGUCAGUUUGCAGCUAUCACACUAAGCAAGAGAAUAUACCUGUAUGCGAUCUGAGCAUGCUCACAUUCUUCCAUUCGCAAGUUCAAAGCUUGUACUGGAAGUCACAAUAGUAUUAUUCUUUCCCAGAGCCUUGCGAAAAUACCCAGGGGUCCUUUUAGGAUUUAUCAGUUAAAAUGUGAUCAGAGGCAAGACUUCUUGUUUCCAACUAGGAAAUGAAGACAUACACAAUCCACAGUUCACUGAAAAGUUAAAAGGAGCAGGGGACUUGACUAAAUACUGCAAGGGCAGCUCUGCCUCAAUUUCCCCAUCCAUAAUGUCAAGUACAAUACAGUGGUACCUCUACUUACGAAUCUAAUGCGUUCCGAACGCACAUUCGUAAGUCGAACAAAUUUGUAAGUCGAAUCCCAUAGGAAUGCAUUGGGAGAAAAAAUUUGUAAGUCGAAGCAACCCUAUCUAAAAAUUUGUAAGUAGAAAAAAUCCUAUCUAAACCGCAUCCAAGAUGGCGGACGGAGCUCCAUUCGUAAGUAGAGUUAUUCAUAAGUAGAGGUACCACUGUAUACCUCAUGCCGAACUAUCAUUACACUCAUGUCACCAAGGUUAUUCAGAGGAGACCCAUUCAUUUCAGUGGGUCCACUCUUAAGUGUGGAUGGCACUGGAUUCAUCCCUGAGUUCCCCAUCACUGGGUAGCAGGGGCAGGAAAACAGCAUACAGUGGCAGGAUCCAAGAUAGGUUGAACUAGAUGCUAGGGAGGGAAGAACAUAACAUGGAUUUUUUCUGCCAGAUAACAGCAAAGCUUAAAGAGGGUGCAUGCAAUUUCACUUGUACUUAAGAAAAAAAAUUGCAUGAGUGUGUGAGAGAGUGUGAUAGGGGCUGGCAAUUUGUGAAGCAUUCAGAAGCAAGUUUUACUGUUAUAAAACACAGAAAAGGGGGAAAGAGAUACUUAACAGACCUGUUCUUUAACAGUGAACGGAGACAUUCAAACAGCACAUGCUUCACUGGGCUUUAGUAUUCAGAAUAAAAAAAUAAACUCUGGAGAAGUGCUUACAAUAGGGCAGUUACACUAUAAUCUGCUAUGGAGGAUAUUUAAAUUUGCCAUUGAAGUGCUACUUUUUACAGGGCUGGAGUCCAUUAUAAAGGUUAUUUAAUCUCUGUACAAUUACACGAAGGGAAGAAUUGUUCUUUGCAUGCUAACAGCAUAAUUUUAACACCAGGUAAAAUCCAGCAGAAUUAGCAAAUUCAGCCUUGUCUUAGUUAACAUUUUAACAGUUCAAGUUUUGCUGAGACUUUCCUGCAUCGCAAGGCUUACUAAGCUUUGAGGGCAAGGGAAGGUAAGCCCCACACAAAAGGGCAUGGCUUAUGUUUCUAUGUUCCAGCAGUACAAAUAUUGGGCAAGUUAACAUCAAGGGCUUGCUCUGACGAAAGAAGCAUCCAGCACACCUCCUCUUGUUGCUGUAAACAGUGAACCCUCCUCAAGGAGGCCAUCUACUCAUUACCAAAAGCUGCACUUCAAACUUACAAGUUAGUAUGAUUAUAGCCUUCCUUAAGAGUUAUUCCUCUAGAAACAACUUUGGCACCAAAAGAAAGCAAACCACUUGAAAUUCUCAUCCUUUAAUGAAUGGUCAGUGAUAACUUUGAGCUGGUUCUGUAGAAUACAAUUAAACAAUAUACUUAAAGGUUUCUUGGGGGGG